UAAUGGAGGAGGAGGGUGCACGGAUGAACAUUUAACGAGUCAAGGCCGUACAACCGCACUUCUGCAGAGAUCUGUCCGGUACAAGAACUCGUUACUCUCGAGUGUUUAAAAAUGCGCUCUUUUACGUUUAUUUUGCCGCUCCGAAGCGAAUUAUUAAGUAUUUGUGGCGGGGAUGUUGGCGAUUUCUCGCCCUGUUUAAAUUAUUUCUGCCGAGCUUGGCCUCCUCGAGGCAUCUCAGGAAUUCCGAUCUGUCAACGCUAUGAGAACCGAUAUCACUUCGCGACACUGUACAGUCAUGAGCGUCGCACGCCAUGGUUUUCGGCGUACGUCUACUCGCCGCCAAAGGACAAGAGACCCAAGAGCGUCUGGAAAUAUGAACCACAGUUGGCUAACUCUCAUUCGGACGGCAACAUGGUCCCGUUCCCACCACUGCCGGAAAAAGUGGACCAGAAUGUAGUGGAGAGCCAAGCCAUGCAGCAGGACUACAUCAACUCCACCUACACACGCGGGCACCUGAGCCCGAGCCUGCACCACAGGGAUAGUGAGAGUCGGAAUGCCACCUUCACCCUCACCAACAUUGUGCCGCAGAGGGCCGGCUCCAAUGAUGGUCCCUGGGCCAGGCUAGAGGCCAAAGUCAGCAAGAGCCUGGCAGCGCACUGUCUGGGCGACGCCCAUGUGGUGACAGGGGUGAUCCCGUACAUGAGCGAGCGUUGGCUGAAGGAUGAGAACAGGGUGGCUGUACCUGAGUACCUGUGGUCAGCAUACUGCUGCUGGAACUAUACGCAGGACCUCCCUAAGAGCCUGGCGAACAUGUACCCAUCGUUCGCUGCCAUCGGGAGGAAUGACCCUGACAGCUCAGAGGAGAUCGUGCCGGUUGACCGAUGCCGGAAGAAGGCCGAGCUCGGCUAUGACGUGCGGACCAUGGCCCUGUCCGCCCUGGAAAUGUACCUGACGCAGAGGUAUGGAGUGCCGGUUGGCGUCUUCCACAAGCAAUGCACCAGAUCAGAACCUUCUGGCAGAAGCUGGGAACCUGUCUAAAGGACCGAUGCUGAUCUUUAAUAUUUCAGGAAUGUUUGAAAUAACAAUAGCAGGUGUAAACAAGGUGCUAUUUUAUUGAAAAUGAGCCAAAAUGAUCAAUGUUACACUUUAAUCAAAGUUCCAUCUUAAAUCAAAUAUGCAUUUUUAAAAUUAACCAUUUUUUCUUCCUCCAGCAUGGGAAUUUUAGAAUAGUUUUUAAAAUGUUUUACAUACAGAGUAUCUAGUUAGAGAGAAGACUUGAUUUAACUAGAAAAUCACUAGGAUAGUAAAUGUUGAUGUUGGGGAAAAAAAACUGAAAUUGGGAUCAAGAUCUAAAUAACAUUUUAUAGAUAAACUUAACCAUGUGAUUUAAUCUUAAAGCUACAACACUGAUCUAAUAGGUUACUGUGCAACACCACGCAGAGUUUCAUUACAGUACUAGUCAAACGCUGACAUAAUGUACAAGAAUUUUAAGCAUUAAAUUAACUAGUGAACAUAAAAUUACAUGUUUGUUAGAGAUCUGAGCUAACAUAUAAAAGCCUUCUGAAAAUACUAAUGGUCAAAAUUAAAUUGCUUGUCAAGAUUAUAUGCGUAGAUGUAGAACUGUAUUAGCUAAAUAAUGGUGGUUCUAUGGUAUCAGCAUUAGCUGGGAGCAUUUGUUUAAAAAAUUAAGCCAAAAUUGUAUAAUAAUUAUGUUUAUGGAAGUAUAGCAAGUAGAACAACUUGUCACAUUCACGUAUAAGUUGUAGCGUCAUAAGUUUACAUAUUGUUGUUCAGAAUGAGGCUUUUAUUUUGAAUAGUCCCAAUAGUCCCAUACUAUCAGCAUUCCUAUACCUAGUAAUUUUGUUUCUCUCAAUUUCAUUUGUGGUAUUGCUUACAUGACUCAUGACAUAUAUUAAUAAACAAACUCCUUGAAUUCACUUGAAUCUGGAAUUUAAAUUAAUUUAGGAGUAAUAUAGACUAAUAUAGUCUUUUAGGCAGGACUCAUCUCUGGAAGUUUGGAUGUUUGGUAAUAUAGCUUUCUUUGUUUGUUCGUUCAUAUCCCCAUUUAUUUUGGAUUACUUUGGGCAACAUAAAGAAAUCAAUUACUGGUCUUUUUUUAAAUUUCCAGGUCAUUGCUAGUGCUGCAUAUAUCAACAUAAAGUGAUCAAGAAAAGCCAAUCAUAAUCCAGCCUUAAACAGCCUUGAGUACAAAACAUGAUACGAUACCACACAAUAUACAUCAAGCAAGAACCACUGCUACAAAGCAUAUUUGAUUAUAAAUCACUCAUACAAAUAUUUUUGCCAGUUUAACUGUACUUACGAUUUUCUCUUGGGUAAGAACGAAAUGUAUUCAUGGAUGGAUUCAUGGAUUGAAUCAGAUUAAAAAGCACUUGUUUUUAAAUACAUUUAUUUAUAGAAAUUAUAAAUAUAGUACAUGCGCCUCCAAUGUUAACAGUGAUACUGUAACCUCAAUACAAUGUAUUGGAAAGAAAAGAAGCAGAGCCCAGAAGAAGCAGCUUCCUGCUUUAUUGCCAAAGCAUUUUCCUUUGGAUAUGCCAUAACAAUAAAAGUACUUUUCUUUUAUAAGUACACCAGAAAUGUCCCUCUUCCAGUCUAGAUUACCCAGCAUUCAGGAACAAAUGGAAGUCAACUCCAAACAAGUGUUCCCUGGAUCUUACACUGAGAUACAUUCUGAGGAUGCAGAGACAUACUUUAUUAUUACCUCUUUUUAGUCAUCGUACCCCUACUAUGCAGGAAAAUAAGACCUGCCAGCAACCUAAGCAGUAUGUUACAGAUAACUUGGCUUGUUUGUUAUUGCUUAAAUGCUGCUUUUUGAUAAAAACUUUAGACAUUGGACACUCUGGCAUGUUCCUCUUUUCCAAUGGCAGCAGCAUUCAGUUACUAAUAUAUUGUGUUUGCACCUUUUACACAAGCAGAAUGUGUGUUAUGCAUCAGUCCCUGUCCCUUUAUUCUGACUUCUUUACAGAUUAUGUGAUUACUUUUGCAAUAUUGUUGCAAUGAAAUGUUAGUGGCAGAAAAUAAUAUUAACUCAAGUUGUACUCAGUCAUAAUUAUAAGUCGCUUUGGAUAAAAGCAUCAGCUAAAUACCAUAAAUGUACAUGUAAAUGUAAACUUGUGUUCUGCUACUACAGUUAAUGGGGGUGGGGGCGUAUUCCUAAUCCUGGGCCCCUCAUGUCUUUUUCUUCGUUAUUUCUUGGUGCUGUCACACACAAUUCAAGCUAUCAGCUAAUUGGCAGAAAUUUUAGCAAUGGAAUCAUAUAUGAAAACAGACACCGUGCAGUUGGGGGGGUUGUCAACAUGUGAGUGUUGAGAUUGUAGGUCCAAAUUGUUGUAUUUAUAAAUAAAUGUUGGAGAAUUUAUUAAAAUUGAUUGUUUAAAUAAACCAAUCAACAAUAAUAUG